AUGCCAAUUUCCCAGGACAAUGCCCUCAGCAUCCUUUCACUUCUCAAGGAGUGGCUUGGAGCUCAUGCCGACAGAUCUCACCAGAAGGAUGUCUUGAAUCUGGAAACUUGCGUCAUCAAGGCCUGUGACCAGAAUGGGGAUACAGAACAAGGAUGCAGUAGCAGUAACAUUAAGAAACAUGUGGAGAACUUAUCCCUGUGUCUGUCCGCCAUUCAGAAACUAGUUGAAUACAUAAAGUUCAACUUCAUAGAGGAUUACGAAGCUUCAUCAGCCGAGCUGUCAUCCUACAACGAAGGCACAGAUGUUGAGGUUCAUGCUAUUUCAAUCCAGAAAAAUGAAGGUGACCCAUCAGAUUUUGGUCUUAGCUUUGGAAACAUCCCAAUUUUUGGAGAUCCUGAUGGAAGAAAAAAAGGUGGACCAAGGAGGAGAAGAGACCAGAGUCCCAUCAUGCAUGUGGGAUGCAUUUGGGUGACUGAAGUGAGAAAGGGAAGCCCAGCAGCAUGCUGUGGCAAAAUUAAACUGAGAGAUGAACUGUUAUCACUGAAUGGACAACUCAUGGUGGGAGUGGAUGUCAGUGGAGCCAGUUAUUUGGCUGAUCAGUGCUGGAAUGGAGGCUAUAUUUACCUUGUUCUGUUGCGGCGUGUAAAGCGAAAAGCUCCUCUCCCUCCCCAUGAUGUUGAUGGCUGCUCAAGUUCUUCCAUCAGUUAUGACUGCUGUGAUGACCAGCCACUUUGUAUACCUCCCACUGACUCCUCUGACAGUUCAGUAACGUGCAAACGGACACGCAAAUUUGGUGUCAUUUCACGGUCACCCUGCAAAAGAGAUGCCAACAGCGAUACUGACUCUGAAUUUCAGAGUUAUUGUAGUGACUUGAGCUCUAGCUUUGCAGAUGGAAUCUGCCCCUCAAAGGAAAAAACAAAACAUAUCUUCUCCACACGAAUGCCUACAGAGGAAGGUCAUGGCACCUUGCCUCAUUUCAAAGUUAAGCACCACCAACGCCGCAAUGGAGGAACCGCUACGCUGCCUUUAAGGAGUCACAGUCAAGUGUUGGAAAGCAAAAAAGAUUCUUUCUGCAGCCUACUCCCCAAUCAGCCAAAAGAGGGCUGCCACAUCUGGAAAAUGCACCUGGUUAAAGGUCAAGAGGGUCUGGGCAUACAGAUAACUGGGGGGCGCGGUUCUAAGCGCUCUCCUCAUGGUAUUAACAUCGCUCGUAUUGAGGAGGGAGGAACAAUUCACAGGGAUGGCCGUCUUCAAGCUGGUGAUGAGUUACUUAUGAUUAAUGGUCAGUCACUAGUGGGCCUUACUCAUCAAGAGGCUGUUAGCAUCCUCCGCGCUUCCACUGGUCUUGUCCAGCUCGUCGUUGCCAGCCGGGAGGAAUCUGAUGUAGGUUUCCAACAGCAUCCAUCCACAAGUUUGCCCGAUCUGUUGACCAACCUGGAGAAACUAGAGGACACAUACCAGAAAGAGGCAGUCAGAGGAUCUUGUUGCAGUCCUGCAGCCACAAAGCUUUGCAGUCAAUCGCAGGGCGGAAGUUGCCGCUUGGAGUCAGUUGGUGAAGACGAUGAGCUCUCUGUGGAGAACGGUGUAAGCCGUUGCGACGUUGUGGAGAAGGCCUCAAAGCCAGGCAGACGUAAACACUCUUUACCACAACAGCUAGAUGCUGCUGGAGAAAGACAGGAAUAUCAGAUCAUUAAGAAAUCAGCACGUUCGUUAAGCACCGUUCAAGUGGAAUCACCAUGGCGACUUGCACAGCCAUCAAUUAUCUCCAGCAUAGUACUGAUGAAAGGCCAGGGGAAGGGUCUAGGAUUCAGUAUUGUUGGUGGUCAGGAUUCAGCUCGUGGUCAAAUGGGAAUUUUUGUGAAGACAAUUUUCUCCCAUGGUGCUGCAGCUGCUGAUGGACGCCUAAAAGAGGGAGAUGAGAUCCUAGAGGUAAACGGAGAGUCUCUCCAAGGACUGACACAUCAACAAGCCAUCCAGGCUUUCAAGCAACUCAAAAAAGGUGUUGUGACGCUGACAAUUCGAACUCGCCUGCGGAGCCCUAGUCUUACACCCUGUGCAACCCCAAGUGUGCGGAGCCGGUCCAGCUCACCUAACUCUAACACCAGUGAGGGAACACCGGUUCCCUUUGGAGCUGAUGAGACUGAUAGUCAAAGGAGUUCCGGUCCUGGUCCAAAAGACUGCAUCAUCAUGGAGGUCACACUUGAUAAAGAGCCUGGUGUUGGCCUGGGGAUUGGAGUUUGUUUUCUCACCCCAGAAAACUCUGCUCCUGGCAUCUACAUCCAUAGCCUUGCACUGGGAUCUGUUGCCAAAAUGGAUGGCAGGCUGAGCCGGGGAGAUCAGAUACUGGAGGUGGAUUCAGUCAGUCUUCGUUUUGCUGCUCUCAGUGAAGCUUAUGCCAUUCUCAGUGAAUGCGGCCCUGGACCUGUCAGUCUCAUUAUUAGCCGGCACCCUAAUCCAAAAGUAUCAGAGCAAGAGAUGGAUCAUUUCAUAGCUCAAUCCACACACAAGGGCAAAAUGCACAAGAGGCAUUCGUCUCAUUCCCAAGGUUUGAUACCGUAACCUAAAUGCGUUUCCUGUAAAAGCGAUGGAUCUCCUGCUCUUAGCUGGACCAUGAAGAGAUUUCUUGAGCCGGCAAGUAGGGGGUCUCUAAGCUCAGAAAAAGAGUUAUCACAGUACUUCUCGUCAGAUGUCUCCAGCCAAUCGAACCUGACUAAAUCAUUGGGCUCAAAUAUGGACGAGGCACACUAUCAAAGCAGUAACAUCCCUGUGGAUGAUGUAGCAUCACAGCUUCCAGGAACCCCUACUUCUGGAGCUGAAUUGGAAUGUGACACUCUGUACAAUGCAUUACAAGACAAGACCUAUGUCCUAUCCAGUCAUUCCAAGAAUGCAGUCAACUUGCCCACUGUUGUGUCUGAUCCCACCUCAGCACAAAGCCCACUUCUCCAUCAGCGAGGAGUAAUUCAUAAUGAAGAUAAGAUAGGAAAACAUGAGGACUCGUCAACAGGCGUUGCUGCAUUAUCACUGGAUGGAGAUGAAGAUGUCACCAACAUUGAUGAUAUUAUAUCAGAAAUGAUCCUUCUUAGUGAUUCUGCACAUUCCACCUGCAGCACCACACCUCAAGAAAGCGUACCUGACAAAGAUGACUCUCAGAAUUACGCCCAGAAACUCUUAAUGCUGAGGGGAAACACUCCGAAGGACUUCAAGACAACAAUUCCAAUGAUGACUUGA